AUGGCUGCAAACCUGCAGCAGAUGGCCGGACAUGGCCCGAUGAUGCAGCAGCAGCAGCCACAACAAAAACCCGGCUACCCCCCGGUUCAGGUGCAGCGAUUCAUGGUCUCGUUUCUCAGUUCAAAUCCUCAGCAAAUCACGCCAGGAACAUGGCAGGCCUCCAUCACCCUCGCAGAGCGAAUGAGCAAAGCGCUACAACUUGUCACGAACGCCGGUCUGUCCCACUCGAGCAUUGAUUUGAUGCAAGCAGCCCAGUUUGGGUGUACCUUCGAGCGCGACGCAUUUACUAAGAUGCCCACAAAGGAUGCAUAUGAGAGAGCAAUGGCACAGAAGACCCUCGAGUACUAUCGGAAACGACAGGCGAAUGAGCCAAACCUCCAACAGCAACUCAACCACAACGCUCAAGCACAAGCUCAGGCUCAGGCUCAGGCACAAGCCCAGGCGAUGAUGAAUAUGGGCAUGCAAGGCCAACAGAUGGGGCGUGGGAUGGGCCAGCCGGGUUUCCAGCAGAUGCAGCAGAUGCAAUCCUCGCAGCUGACACCUCAGCAGCAGCAACUUCAGCAACAGCAACAACGAAUGCAACAGCAAAGACUACAGCAGCAGCAGCAGCAACCGCAACCUACUCAGCAGCAGUUAGCACAGCAACAGUUACAGCAACAACAGAUGAACAUGGCCAUGGGGAACCAGGCUGGUCGCGGUAUGGGUCAGAAUCAACCUAUGAUGGGAGCCAUGGCACAGGGCCAAAAUCGCCCAGCUUCUGCAGUCAGUGAAUUGCAGAGGCUGUCACCUGCUGAUAAGCAAAAAGUUCAAGAAGUUGCCAUGAAAAUGAUGCAGAGUUCGUCAGAGGAACAGAAGAAUGUUGCCAGGAUGCAACUUCACCAAAGGUUUUCCAUGGCUCAGCUCCAGGAGAUGCAAAGCCAUGGCAAGGAUCCUCUCAUCCUGUUCUACCAAAAUCACGCAUACCAGGUACUCAAGACGAAUGCCGCUCGGCAGCAACAAGCACAAUCAGGGCAGAUGCAAAACCAAAACCCAGCCCAAGCCCCGAUGAUGCAGCAACAAGCGAGCCAGCAGGCUUUGCAACAGCAGAACAUGAACGCAGGCCAGGAAGCGGGGAAUGAUCUAUCGCAGUUCAAUCCCAGCAUGGAAAGCAUCAAGGACCAACAAAUGACUGGGUUCAUGGCACAGAAGGCUGGUCAGAUGGUCGUACCGGCUAGCAACGCGCAAAACCGCAAUGCUGGAGGCCAGCCUAUGACUCAAAGCAUGUCAAACCAACCGAAUGCAAUGCAAACGCCUCGACCGGCCUCGCAACAGCAGAACAACGCUAUGCAAAUGAAGAUGAACCCAGCGGCUCAACAGUCGCAGGCGCAAUUACAUGCUCAACAGGCGCAAAUGAAGCAAGUACAGCCCCAGGCCGGCAACAUGGGUAACAUGGGUGCCGCUCAAAGCCCUGGAGGUGUUGGCACUCUCAACACCCCAGUUUCCCGGCCACCAUCUGGGAUGAAUGCCAUGGGCAACCAGGCCAUGGGUCAAGGAAACGCUCAAUUCGGCAAUCAGCAAUUCAAUCAAGGUCUUCAGCAGGCUCCCAACCCAGCUUACAAUGCCAUGCUUGCAAACAUGUCGCCAGAACACCGGCAACAGGUGAGCGAGAUGCCUCCAGAGAAGGUCCAGGAAAUUAUGCGAAGCUGGCAGAUGGCACGUCGGGAGCAGAUGAAUGGAACCCCGCAGCAGAACCAGAAUCAAAAUGCCAUGGCGAACCGCCAGCCGGGUCAACUCGGCCAAAUGCCCCCCAACAUGACUGCCCCUGGCCCGCAGGGCAUGCAACAGAUGGGAAACCAAAAUCAGGCUCAAGGUCGGAUGCCUAAUCCGAAUGCUCAGGGGGCAUUGAUGGACUCGAUGGAUCUUCCUGCCCAGGCCAUCAAUCAGAUAAGCCAGUUUGGCCAACUUCCCCCCGAGGUGAAGAAGUGGAAGGAUCUCAAGAUCUGGCUGAGCCAGCACAAUACAAACCUCCCUCAGCAAGUGAAGGCCGAGUUGUCACAGUGGCAAUGGAGGCAGUUCCAGCAGGUUAUUCAGAGGAGAGCAGCAGCUCAGCAGGGGCAAAUGGCCGGCAUGAACCCAGGAGUGCCGAAUGCAGCAAACCAAAUGAUGAACCAACAGUUCCAGGCGGGUGCCAUGCAGCAACGACAGCCAGUUAAUGCGAAUAUGCCGGCCUUCACAGUCACUGCGGCAGACCUCGCAACAGUGCGCAACACCAAGCCACAGCUGGCCCACAUGUCUGACGACAAACUUCGUACGAUGCUCAUUAACAUGAAGCAACGCAAGGUCUUGACGCAGCAACAACAGCAGCAGCAACACGCUUUGAGAGUCGCACAACAAGUCCAAAACCAAGUACCUGGACAACAGGUUGGAAUGUCAACUAUGCCCACUUCGCAGCCUCCAAUGCAACAGCAGCCCAUGGCUCAGCAUGGUCAGCGCGGCCCCAUGGGCCAAGGUGCUCCAAUGCAGGUUAAUGAACAAAAGCCGCAGGGCGCCGGCCAGAAUCAAAUGAUCAACAACCGCGCCAAUAAUGGGGCUGCUCCUGUCUCAACCUCCCCCCCUACAAAGAACUUGAAGCGGCCCAGCAGCGACGAUCUGACGGUCACCGCUGCUCCAAACCAGCAUAUGCCACCUCAGCAGCAACAGCAGCAGCCCCGCAGACCAUCGCAGUCUCAAGGCUCCAAGGCCAUGGCACAGCCAUCUGCCGAUGACACGACUCAGCGAAAGAGGCCGGCACCAGGGACCCAGCCCGCACAGCAGCCUGCAGGCCAGGCCGCGCAGUUCCAGGUUCCGGAGAACCUGGCUCGCCUCAAAGUAAUUGGACAAGUAGAGCUCCGAGCACAUGCCCAGGAGACGAUGCCUGAUAUACCCAUGAGCCCUGAAGAGCACGCUGAGACUUCGAACAAGCUCAAACGCAUUGUUGUGGAUAUGAGCAAGAUUGGUCGCGGUUUGAAGCGAUGGUACGAACUGACACAGGAUGACGAGCGGGCGAGGCAAUUCUUCAGAACCCGACUACGCAUCGUGAAGCAGUUCGCUGAUGGGGAGCAAAUGACGAGCAUCAAGGAGGUUCUCAGCAUCAAUUGCGCCGAGCUCGACCAAGCCCGUUCGUUGCUGGAGAGCAUGGCCAAGGAUCUCGCCAACAGCGUCUUUGGCCGCGGGAAACCAGGAAUGCCACAACAGGGCCAGCAGCCUCAACAGCAGAGGAACGCGCAACAGCAGGCACAGGGUCUUCAACAGCAGGCCCAGCAGUCGGGUCCUGCACCCCUGAACGCGGCCAAUCUGGCAAAGAACUCACAGGCCCUCCGAGCUCAGAAGCAUUCGAAGCAGGACAUCCCCCCCAGCGCUCCAACCACAACGACAGCGCCUCCAUUCCCAUUCCAAGGUGCUGCUGGAAAUCCCAUUUACGCAAACGCACAGAGCCCGGUCAACAUGAACCUAACGAUUCCUCCCAACAAGAAGGCAAAGUACCAACAGAACCAUGAUUCGAAUGCAUCUGCCUCUCCCCAAGCCGUCAAGACGUCACCUCCCCGGGCUCAAAAUGCACCUCAGCGACAACCAGAACCCGCCAAACCUAUUCUCGUUUGCAAGGAGCCGGAAUGUGAGACAUCAGUCGCAGGCUAUGCCACCCAAGAAGCCCUUCAGAGGCACAUGGAGGAGGAGCACAUCAAACCCAAGGAAGAUCCUCUGAGAUUCGUCCAGGAGAACCUUGCACUUGCUCUGGGUCUCGAGCCUGAUGGCAGCGUAAAGAAGGAGCAGAAGCCGACCGUGGCGCCAGACAUGAGUUUGACCUCGUCCAAACAGGGACAAACACCCGGAUACCUUGCGGCCGGGACCCCACUGUCCCAGGAUGGUACGGCGAUGAAGAGAUCAGCAAGUACCAAUAAGGCGCUUGGCAAGGGAGAUUUGAAGCCUGUUGAUCCAUGGGCGAAUGUGACCAUGGACUCUCAGGCCUUGAUGAACAGCCUCGGCCUGGAGAGUGGGCUGAACAGCGUGGUUAUGGACCCCAACGCGUUCCGCAACUUGACUCCUAAUGAUACCCCCGAGUCCAGCAAGGACAGCGGGGCCAGCGAGCCCAACAGCGACAUCUCAGAAGGCGCCACACUCGACAUUGGUGUUCACUGGCAGAACAUUGAUUCAGACCUCAUCUUUGACAUGGACAAGGCCACCUUACAAGGCGGUUUCGCUGGCUUUGGCGACAUUGAGGUACCCACAAUGGAUCCCUCACUUUUGUUCAAUUCAUCAGGCAUGGAUGUACCAGAUUGGGACGAUGUGAAGAUUGAUUUCACAAAACCAUUCCAACUGGACACCAAGCUAUAUUCCAUGGACACUCUGUAA